UUCAGCGCAUCUAAGAUGGCAGCCUCCAUGGAAAAUGGGAGUUCAGAAAAUACAGACACAUUUGAUGUGUGUAUAUUACUGUUAAAAGAAGAAUGUGAUGAGACAAGUUCUAAUGCAUGUCUACAGACGCUAUUAAAAAUAUUCCAAAAUGUAGUUAGUCAUCCAACAGAAGAAAAAUACAAAGUUAUCCGAACAGAAAACAAGGCUUUUGCUUCAAAGGUUUGGUGCUACUCAGGGGCACAACAGUUUCUACUAGCAACAGGAUGGACAGAGGUAGAUGAUACUGUAGUCCUAACAGGGGACAGUAGCAGUUUGACUACAGCUAUAAAAGUCUUACAGGCACAUUUGAGUACGGAAGCUCAGAAUGCUACUCCACAGAAACAAUCUCAAUCUCCACAGAAACAAGCGAUAAAUCACGUAAUGAAUCAGGACUCUAAGAAAGCAAAGGUCUUAGAUGAGGGUAGGAAGAAACAACUAGAAGCUUACAAGAGACAAAUGGAGGAGAAGAAAAGAAUAAGAGAACAGAUUGAGGCUGACAGACGAGAGACAAAGACUAGAGAGAGUAAAUCAUCUAAAGCGCAGACAGUGGCUUCUGGCAAAGGAAUGACAAAGUUCUCCGACAUUGGGAUCGAUGUAAAUAAAGGAGGAGGCUGAGGUUAAAUAACGUGUGUUGGUAGUUGCAACCCACCUUCAGAAUAAACGAAAUCAACAACCAACGAGCUAAUAAUCCCAGAUGGUAUGAUCUUUCUGAGUGUUUUAAACAACAAUUCAGAAGAAAAAAUGGAAAAGUCAAGAAGAAAUUCGAUGAUAGCUAUUCAUGUAUUUUAAUGGAUGCAACGUCAAAAUGGAUGCAGAAAUGAUGGAGACUUUCAGAGAUAUUGAGAACUCUCUGAUUUGCUUGUGUACUCAUAUACAUGUACUCAUGUACAUGCUAGAUUACAAUUUAGUUGUUUAAGUACUUCAUGUGUCUUGGAUUAUAUUGAAUUUUUGCUUUAAUUAAAAACCAAAUGAUCACGUUUUUCAAAUUCAAGAAUUAUUAGGUCAAGUUUUUAUUUUAUUACUUCAUUAUAUCAAUGGAUACAACAAUU